AUGGAUGAACAAAAGGUAUACAAAAGCCUCUGCUCCGUGGCCUCGUACCAACUGCGAGUGUCCAGCCCCCCUGGCGGCGGCCUCGGUCUCGGCUUGGGGCCGGGCCUCGGCAUCGGCUCGGGGCCCGGCCGGCCGCAGACCUACCUGGCGCUGUCCGGGGACCUGCUCGUGGAGAUCAGGCAGCUGCCGGUGUGGGCGCGCGGCCGCCGCUUGCAGCUGCUGCUGCUCGAGCACGUGUCCAACGGCCCGCCGCUCGCCACCGCGGCCUCGGCCGCCAACCCUCCAGAGUACACGGUGCAGGGCUCCGUGCCAGUGAGCGUGCCCACCAACGCGCCCAGCACGGCGGCUAACACGGGCGGCCGGCUGCAGUGGGUGCGGGGCUACAGCCGCAGCGGCGGCGGCAGCGUGUCGCCGGCCUCGGGCCGGGCGCUGGGCAAGAUGACAAGCACCUGGCGGCCCGAAGCGGAGCGCGGCAACGCGACCGGCAGUGCGCCGCCGGCCGCGCCCAGCAGGCCGCCGCCGCUGCCCACCACGCUCAAGCCCAUCGUGGCCCGCUUCCCAUGCGGCUUCGUCUCGCGCGGCGGCCGCUACGCCCUCAGGCUGGCGGGGCUCGACAGGACCAAGAAGACGGCCAGCAGGAAGGGGGACCGCGACGAGUCGAGCGGGGAGAACGAGAGCGACGAGAGGACGGCGUCGUCCAACAGGGUCGUCGGCGGCGGCUCGGAGAUGAAGCAGGAGGCGGCGGACGCACCGACGGCGGCCCUGGCCACCACGGCGAGCACCACGAUAUCCACCACGGCUGCCACGACAACGCCCUCCGCGACGACCAGCAGCACGCCGAGAAAUACCACCGCCAGAGUCAGGAUGGCCUUCGACCCCGCGCUGCCCGCCACCAACGAGACUGGAGGGCUGUUUCUCCUGGACGUGCUCUGGCCGCGUGCGCGACUGUCCCUCGGCCCCAAGGAGAUCGUCACCUACCCUGAGGAAUCGGUUCGAGCGACCGUCGAGUUCCUCGGGGUGCGCUGUCCGAGUGCCAAGGGGUCACCCGUGUCCGAGUCCUGGCUUGACCUCGUGUACUGCGGGCCCGUGGCCACUGACUGCACCUACGGGAACUAUACGACUCGACAGAUCCUUCACUCGGAGCAGGUGCUGGGCUACCCGCACCACAUGGCAGUGGGCCUGAGCUGCGAGCUGUUCGGCAUGGCGGGCUACUACAGCUUGCACCUCCGCGCCGGCAGGCCCGCCGUAGCAGCUUGGCCCCUGGACGCCGCCACCAACGCCACCAUCAAGGCCGUGUGGAGUGACCGGUUCGUGUUCAACGUGCACGCGCGCUCCAUCUUCCCGUGCGCGGCGCACAGCGGCGUGUCGGCGCUCUUCACGUACCCGGGCUGCGUGCUGCCGGCCGGCGACCGCGUGCGCCUGUUCGCGCGCCUGCGCGCCGACGUGUCCACGCUGCUGCCGCCGCUCACGCUGCAGUACGUGGCCGAGCAGCGUGUCGCUACGGGCUCGCACGCCGUCGCCUUCGACUGCGACCUCUUCUCGGAGCGGUACGUCGAGUACUGCUUCGUCUACGUCAGCCAGGCCAUCACGGGCGCCGUCACCGACGUGCGCAUGGACUGCGUGCCCACGCUGCCCGUCUCCGAGGCCGACUCGGGUUCCUGGGGUGCGUGGAGCCCGUGGUCGGCGUGCACUUCGACCUGUGGCGGCGGCACGAGGAACCGUUACCGCUUCUGUGACAGCCCACCCCCGAGAUACGGGGCAAAGUUCUGCGAGGGCUCCUCGCUGGAGACGAUGCGCUGCGGACCGGACAACGAAUGGGACUGCGCUCCCGAAGGGGUUAGCGCUGACCUGCCGCUGCCCCUGCCGCCGCCUGCGGAGGGCAGGCGGGUGGCGGCGGGGGCGGCGCAGGGGACGGCCGUCAACUCUGGCUGCCGGUGCGGCUGCGUGGUGCACCUGGGCACCACCAAGCCCGGCACCCUGCUGGCCUCAUCCUCCAAGUCCUGUCCGGGGAGGUCCUUCUGGCUCGUGCAGGCGGACGCGAACCACGCGGUGCGGCUGUGGGUGCAGCAGCAGCGGCUGUCGUGCGGCGCGCAGUGGCUGCGGGUGCGCGACGGCGACUCUCUCGGCGGCCGCCUGCUGCUCUCGCUGGACUCGGACCAGCCGCCGCUGCCGCCGGCCUCGGCCACCGCCGGCCACCACGUCGAGGCCGUCUCCUCCUCCAACACGAUGCUCGUCGAGUUCUACUCGGACGAGGCCGUGGCAGCGCUCGAGGAGUGCGCCGCCGGUUUCCUGGCCCACGCGCAGCAAGCAGUGCCGGCGAACGAGACGCUUGUGGGCUACCCGCUGGCGGUCGCGGGCGCGGGGGUGGCGGGCAUGGGCGCGGUGGGCCUGGUGGGCGGGCCCGACGCGUGGUGGGCGGCCGGCCUGCGGCUCACCAUCGUGCACGCGGCCGCCGUCGCCUUCCUGGGCUGCGUGGUGCUCCUGUCGGCCUGCCUGUGCGCGCAGUACGGCCACCGCUACCGCAAGUACCAGCUCACCGCCGCCAAGGAGGACCAGGAGACGCUGUCGCUCACCGACAACGAGGAGACGGUCGGCACGUUGGUGCGGGCGGCGUCCUCAGCCACUCUAGUGUCGGAGGUCCUCUCGCUCAAGGGCUUCAAGAUCAGCAGGGAGCAGAAGAGAGCGACUGAGGUGGAAACGAGCGCCCUCGGCGGCUCCGCGGACUCCGUGGCGUCGGGCUCGGUGACUGUGUCGGUGGGCUCCCCGCAGUCGGACAGCACCCCGGGCAGCGCCAACAGCAGCACCGGCCAGGACGCCGCCGAAGGCGCCUCCCCCGCGCCGGGGCCGCUGGGGGCGCUGGGCCCGCCCCCCGGCGCCACGGCCUCGCUGCCCAACUCGCCGCAGCAGUCGUGCUCACCGGGGGCCUCGCCCACCACGGUGCGGCCGCCGUCGGCGCCUGGAGGGCUCAUGCGGCGCUCCGGGAGCUGCGAGCGCACCACCGCUCCGCCCAGGAGGCCCGGCAACGUGCGCCUCGGCCCCAGGCUGAAGGGUGGCCUCGUGAGCCCCGUCCGCGAAGAAGACCAGCAGCACGGCGCGCCGCCCCCGGGUGAGCCCUCGGCCGGAGGUGCGGCCCCGCAGGAGCGGCCAGGGCCUCCGGGGGCAGCGGCGGCGGCGGGGGCGGGGGCGGCCAAGUGGAGGCCGCUGCCAAGGCUGGCCGGCGGCCUCGCCAGGGGAGUGGCCUCGAACGCGUCGUCCACAUCCACCCUCGUCAACGACGGCGACGGUGCGCCGGGCUCGCCCGCCUCCUCGGUGCGCAGCUGGAGCAUGCGGUCGAGCACGGCGAGCAUGGCGAGCACCAUGAGCAGCGCCAGCACGAGCAGCAACGCGAGCGGCUCAUCCAGCAGGACGGCCACGCCCACGAACCCACUGAGUCCGCCGCCCGGUGCCCAGCGGCCGGGGCUGCGCUACCACCCGGGCGGGCUGCACCUGCCCGUCAACACCAACCCCAAGGAGAGCAAGGACCGGCGCAACCGCGAGCGUCUGCUGCGGGCGGCGGGGCUGGCCGGCCCCACCGCCGGCUCCGAGUUCUCGCUGGGGCCCGACACGGAGCUCGAGAUGGACUACUACGACUACAACGUGCACAACGCGUGCGCGGCGCCGGGCUCGUUGCUCGGCAUGGACCCCGCCUACCUGCUGUGGAUACCGCCCUUCACACCGGGCUCUGCCGGCUCUUGGGAGGAGGAGGGCGAGGACGGGUCCGAAUCGUGCCGGCUCUUUAGCAGUGACGGCGACGGCUCCGAGUCGGAGCACCCGCUGCAGCUGCAGGAGCUGGCGUCGCAGGUGCAGCAGUUGCACCAGCCUGACGAGAACUGCGGCACCGAGCUGCGGGAACUGCGACGGGCGCCGCCCACCGGGACGCUGGGACCGCUGCGGGAGGAACAGCGCGCGCAGAUCCACACGGCGCGCGUCACGGAGCUCACCGUCAAGGAGUCCGAGGCCAAGUCGGAAGCCUCCCCCACGCGGCCGGCGCUCACGCUCCAAGAGUUGAGUGCGUCGCCGCGGCGUCUGCCGGGCAGGCCGGGUGAGGCUGUUGCAGACGACUUUGAAAAGGAGACGUCUGUCGUCAAGUCGCCCAGCGACCAGCGACUCCUUUACCGCCUCCACCAGGAAGUCGACGACGACAUCAAAUUCGCCGACGAUGGCGACGACGACGAUGAUUGUGAGGAAAUUUUUAUCAAGGACUCGAAAGUGGAUCCGAAGACGGUACCGCUGUUGGGGAAGAGAGGGGACAUGAACGCGUGACAAGGAUUUGGGACGUUCAUUCGAGUUGUGAGCCUCUAGGCUCUACGGCUCCACGCUCACGACGUAACUGGUACUAGUCAAAAUUCUGUGGUGACAGAUUUAUAUAAUGAAUCAGUCUAAUAUCUAGUCAACAUGAAAUCUAUGAUAUCCAAAUAUAUCACUCUAUCUAACCAGAAACACCAACUGUUGCCCAUAUCACCUCAUCUGUAUCAUAAACUAUGGUUGUACUUACUUCCUCUGUUAUGUGUGGUUUUAUGUAUGAUAUUUUUUUUAUACAUUACUUUGUUAUUCACUUAACUACAAAUGACAUUUUUCUAUGUAUUUUAUAUUACAUGAAAGUUGUUACAGGCUAAAAUGUAUGACGCAAAAUUAUCAUAUAUUCUGCUCUAAGAAUUGAAAAUGCUAUUAGUGGAUGCAAUACACAAGAUAUUCAUUAAACAUAUAUAUAUUGAUAGGUACAAUCCUUUUAUGAAGAUUAUAGCUCUCUACAUGUUAUUUUGAUUUGUACGUGUACAUCAGUGCCAUAAUUCUGUGUACCAUUCCAGUGAAGAUAGUGGGCUGUGUGCAAUAUUUUAAUUGUAAACUGAAAUUAACAUAUUGUUUUAUAAUGUAAUGUUUUGUACAGUAAACCUGUGAAAUAAGAGAAA